CAACAAAAGUAACUUUCCAAAAUAAAAAACCAUAAAAAGGUGAAUGUCAAUUUCUAUGAUUCAAUAUCACCUUUUGGUUUAAUAUUACAAUAUCAAUAUCAUCAUCACAAGCUAACGAAUAAAACAAGCGAUACAAACAUAAACAAGGAAAGGAAAUGGCUGAGAAAAUGCACCUUAGUUUUAUCAUAUUUGUCAUGACUGGUUUUAUUAUAUUUGUAUAUGUAAAUUCAACAACACACAUUGUUGGAGACAAACUGGGUUGGAAUUUGCCUGGUUACAAUACGUAUUAUGAGGAUUGGGCAAAGAACCGAACCUUCGUUGUCGGUGAUAAACUCCUUUUCAAGUACCAUCCAGGGCUUGGCACAGUUCUUCAUGUAAACAAGGACGAUUUUGGUAAUUGCACAAACAGAAAUACCAUCCGCACAUACUUCAGAGGAAACUCAACGGUUUCUUUAGACAAGCCUGGUGAUUAUUAUUUCUUUUGUUCUGUUGGCAAACGUUGUGAACUUGGUCAAAAACUUUUUGUUAAAGUUUCUCAAGGAAAAACAUCAAGGAAAACCCUCAUCUAAUGAUAAAUAUAUAUGUUAUCAUUUUAAGUUAUUAUAAUUUCUUUAGGCUUGCACUCUAUUAAUAAUAUUAUAUGUAUUUAAUUAGUCCAUCAAUUGUAUAUAUAUGUAUAUGUAUAGGUAGAUUUUGGGCACAAUUUUUGUUGUUGUUGUAACAUAAAUAAUUUUUGUUGUGUGGCAUUUUGAAUAUGCCCCUACUGUGCAUUGUGAAUGUGAAUCCUUUAAUGUAUUUAGAAUAUAUUGUUUUGUUGUCAUCUAAUUUUG